AUGGCAAGCCUACGAAUGCCUAUGCUGCGCCAUGUGGUAUCUGGCGCAGCUCCGUACUUACGGGCCUCUCAGCGGCGAUGGGCGCAAGUUCACGAUGUCCGCUUUUUAGCUACUCAGCAAUCCGACAGGAUUCUAGCGAAAUACAAGGAAAAGCUAGACAAAAAGGCAAAAGAGGAAGGUCUGCGCGACAUCAGCGAAUUGAAGGAGGCAUACAAAGACAAGAUCCAAGAGCUUAAGAAGAAAGAAGCUGUCCCAAUUCCCACUGUGACACCCACCGAAUCGCCAGCAUCACCAGAACUGUCAACUUCUUCAUCGCCGUUCCCACCACCCCCACCUGCUCCGCAAGUACCUACCAAAAAGGACUCCUCAUCCACUCCCGGUCUCAAAACUCUUUCCUCAUUUCUUGAUCUCGAAAAGACAAGGGCACUCCCACAGAAAGAGAUAGAAGCAAUCUGGCGCCUACGACAUGUUAAUAAUGCACAAUCACUCUGCGCAACAAUUCCCCUGGAAACAUACCGAACCAUUGAAGCAACAGCUAAGAAACAUCCUCACUUCAUCCUUCCACUUCCGAAAGAAGGCCAAGGCGCGGAAAUACACUUCCUGCAAUGGACCUUCCCGGCGGAAAACACAGUUACUGUACUCUUCACUCAUUUGGCAGAAUACAAAUUGAGGGGCGAAUACAGUCAACCACAUACAACGAUUACCCAUCAUUUGGAGUUGGCGGAAGACAAAGAAUUGGUCUUGUUACAAGGACAAGUUAUGGAAGGUAGAGGGGUGAGUGUGGACGAGGCCAAGUGGUUGGUUAUGUGCUUGCAGAAGUUCUAUGGGAUGGGCGCGCAGAACGCUGAACGGAAGAGACUCCUGGAACAAUUUGGAAAAGGGGAUCCAGCUUUCAAAGUAGAGGAUCUGGUCGAAGAAGCCGAGAAGAUUGUCUAG